AUGCUGGACUACUACCCCCAUUAUGCCGCUGACCUCACCAAACAGCAGUUGAAGAAACUAAUCGAAGUCCUGAGCAUCGACAGCGACCAGGAUGCCGCCGAGACCGAGUAUCUCGGGCAGAUCCGCAGUCCCCAGGUCGUCCAGCAGAUCAAGGAAGCCAUCCGCGGGCUGCCGACGGAGCUCCGCCAGCGCUCCAAGUGGGUGCGCAUGCUGCGCCACGAUGCGGAGGCCGCCGUGCUGUGCGAGGUCCACGAGGAGCUCAACGCCUCUGUCAUCGGCAGCAUCUUCGCGCUGCUCAAGCGGGAGGUGACCCACAAUCUGACCUUCUUGAAGUGGUACCGCGAAUUCUCGGACGAGGCAGUCAACAACCUCGUCGACGCCCUGCUGGCGGUUGCCGGAAUGUGGUGGAUGCCGGAGGCCAAGGACGACGUGCCCCCCAAGGGCGCGGUCUGCUUCCAGGAGAACAAAUGCGAGGCGUGUAUGUUGGCGAGAAUCGUGAAUGAGCCAUGGUGUCUGCGCAAUCUCCGCACAGCGCUGGUCAGUCGCGUGCGAACCAAACCUGAAAUACGGAUCCCGAAAUUGCUCCCUUUCGUGGAGGCGGCCAUCGGGUCGUUCGCUCCCGAGGGGGAGGCGGCAGUCAAGGCCUACGGAGGCCUUCCGUGCGACUUGGGCUUCACAAGCAGCUGCCUGGCCUUCAAGGUCAAGGCCGCGCGCGCGGACGCUCUAUAUGUUGCCGCUCGGCAGCUCCGUCAGGCGAACAAGGUGAUGCAAAGGGAGCAAGUCCUGAACGACAAGCUGCGGCACCGCACGCGCUCUCACGCAGCAGAUCAUCCAUACCAAUCCGAGGAUAUCAUCUACACGGACGAGGACUUGCAACAGGCAGAUGUUCGUUCCACGGUCCAUGUCAGGAUGGCUCCCAGCCCCCAACGACGGAAGAAGUCGGUCAAGCAGCCCAAACCCAAACAUGCCAGAACCACACGACUGCCGCACCUUGACAGUAUCGGGGAGGAGGCAGGAGUUGAGGAUGUCGUCGUCGAGGAGGCUACCAAAGUACAGGUUGAUUACGCGGGAACCGCCAUCCUAGUAACCCCGAGCCAUCCAAAAUCCACUGCUGACAAUAUGGUAACAGUUCGUCCCUUGAAAGUGAAGAAACCGAGCUUGGGAGAGGAAAAUGCUACCCUAAUCCAUAACGGAGGUGCCUCGCCAGAGGCCCGCAUGGCGAAAGCCCCCUACUCUAGCAGUUCAGAUUUGGAGGAAGACACGCUAGAGCACGAGAUUCAAGCGUUGUUGCUGCCGCACCUUGCCAAGGGACCUCCCGUAGGUCCUAGAUACCCUUCUUUGACCGGGGGUUUGACGCAACGCCGCCGAGCAGAGCCUUCCGAGGAUGAGGAUUUGGAAGACCUCGAUCUGAAUAGCAUAUGUAACGAAAUAGCUUCGCAAGAAAAAGCUCUUUGGACGCCGACCUUCGUUGAUCAUAUAGCAGCCCAACCCUUUCAUCACGACGAACCAUCCUCGUCAGAGAGUAGUAGUAUCCAUACCACCACGCGAUCCGCGAUUCCAUUCUUCAACAAGUCCGGGACUAGCAGGCGGGGUUGA